UGGAGGUUGAGGAAGUGAAGUUUACUUUUCAUUGAGAUCUGCAGCAUUUUCGUUUUGGGUUGCUGGGUUUUUACUUUUCUGAUUCUGGCUUCUUCCCAGAAUUCUGAUUGGAGAACAAAGUUUUGGUUUCAUUCUCAUUCAGCUUCAUGUUAGUUGCUCCUCCAAGUGCUUAAGAGGGAGCUGAAUACUGUUUAUUUACAGAUGUAAAUAUGGAAAAGGAAAAGGCAAUCUCUCGAUACAGAGAGAGGCUGGACAAGACAUUGUCUUGUGCUGAACUGACUGAUCCCGAGAUGCUUAAAACCCUAGUCAAGAAUCAGAUUUUACGAUAUGCACAGGAUGAGAAAGAAGAUUUUAGUGAAGAUUUACUGGGCAAAAGGGCUCGGGAAGUAUCGAAUCUUCUAGGCAUGUUAAGGAGUACUUGUAUUGAUGAUCAUCACGUUUCAAAAUCCAGUGAAACAUCACAUGGUGAAUGGAAAUUGAAGCACGAUAAUGAAGAGUUCCGUGUUAUGUACCGUGAAGGACCUCAUGGCACUCCGUUUCAUACAUUACUUGUUGAAGGCUAUGUCGAUGGGCCUUUGGAUGUCUGUUUAUGUAUCUCUUGGGAGUCAGCUCUCUACAAGAAAUGGUGGCCUCAGUCUAGUUUUCCACCUUUCAAAAUAAGUAGUUCUACUUGUUUACAAAAGGUCCGAAUUGGUGAACAGAUAUCUCUAGUGAGGAUGAAGGUUGCAUGGCCACUGUCAGCUAGGGAGGCUCUAGUACACUUUUUCUUCUUCGAGUACUUUCAAGAAGAUCUGAUUGUCAUUCUCGUCAACACUAUCUCAGAUGUGAGCAGCAUUGAUAAAGCCACUCAUGGAUUUACUAAUAACGGAAUUCCUGAAGCAAAGGAUGUUGUAAGGAUUGACAUGGUUGGAGGCUUCGCUUUGCAGAAGGUGAACGAUGAAAGAAGCUAUUUUAGGACAAUUGCAAACAUGGAUAUGAAGCUGGAUUUUGUCCCUCCAUCCCUUAUAAACUUCAUCUCAAGGCAGCUUGUUGGAAAUGGCUUCAGACUCUAUCAAAAGACUGUGGCUUCUGUGUCGAACCACGACAAAGAUUACAGCAAGGCCUUGGGAGACCCUUUAUUUGCGCUAAUACGUGAAGCACUUUACGCCAGUAACAAAUCGGGUGAAGUUCUUGAAGUACACGGGCCUAAAAGUGAAGCCCUCCUUUUGCGGAACGAGAGUUUAAUUGAACGCACACAAGAUGACACGCAUGAUAUCGGAAAGAAGGUUUGUGCUAAUGACCAUGCCGUUGAAAUUCCACCCUGGAAAGAACAAGACACAGUGAUAAAAUCUUUUGGUGAAAUUGAGGAAGAAGAAACUGAAGGGAGUACACAACCAGAGGAGGGCGAUAACAUUACAUUUGAUGCAAAUGGCGUAAAUGAUAAAAGAAAAAUUUCUAUUCGUCCUGAGGUGCAAGAUGCUCUAAGAACACUAGAUAAGGUAAUUUCAUUAGUACAGCAACAUGAAUUUAAUUCCCGAACCAGUUUCUCUGAUGAAGAAACUGCAAAUUUGGAAGAGGGUGCUGUUUAUUUAAAAGCUGAGGACAAUGUUAAAGCCACCUCCGAACAGUUUGCGGAAAAUCUGGAGAUGACUUUGGAUAGGUCCCAGAAUAGCAGUGACAUUAACAAUAUGAGGGAUGAAGAUUCAAAUUCUUUUGCUAGGGAAGCUAACCAUAACAAAGAAGUACCGGUUUCACCAUUGCCAAAUGUAUCGAAACCCAAUAACCAGGUUGCUUUGAGUUCCUACAGGAAUGGAACUGUCGAGAUAAAUGGGUUCCAUGAAAAUGGUCUAAGUGAAGUUAAAAAGUUGAGUAACCGGAGAAAGCAUAGGUUAGGUUGCUUCGGCUUCAAUUCCGGAUAAUGUAUGGUCCGAUGCCUCAACCGAGAUGGCUAAUACUAGAUAACUUCAUCAGCAAGGCACCUCUUUUUGAACCCCAGAGAAAAGGGAAGACUUGAGAGUGGAUUUUCUAACAUCGUAUAUUGAAUCAUCCCCAUGAAUGAUGUAAUUUAAUAUAAUGUAUACCAUAAGUUUUUUAUUUUCUUCUCUUAUCAAUAAUGUAAUAUAAUGUACAAUGUGCUUAAAGCUCUGCCUUUUAUUGAUUACGGUGGAAUACAACAUACAUUGCAUACUUUUUAAAAAUAUAUUGUUUAGGAUGAAUAAUUUGAAAAUGUUGUAAAUCCAUUGAUGUUUAUAACUC